AUGUCUGCCGACGACCAGCAGUUUUUAGAUGUCGUGCUAAAGCAAUACUCCAAUGAUGUUGCUGAAUACAUAGAUCAAAACGUCGAUCAAGCCGCCAGGAUUGUCCGCGAGACGCUUUCACAAGCAAAAUGGCUGCCUGAAUACGCCAAGCCAAGCCCUCCGCUGAAACCGGCUGUCGCCGUCGUGUCCAUGACGCGGUUCGAAAAGGUCCAAGGCUGGGUGUCACGGCACAAGAUUCUGGCGGCUGUCAUCGUCUUCACUUGUGGCACAAUGAUAUUCAAAGGAUACCAGACAAGCAGGUCGAUGAGAAAAACUAGAAGAGCGAAACGGGCGAGAAAUGGCGGGCGUACAGAGGUGGUUGUUAUUGCAGGGUCCCCAACGCUGCCCCUGACCAAGUCUUUGUCUCUGGAUAUGGAAAGACGUGGCUUCAUUGUCUACAUUGUAUGCAAUGCCGCUGAGGACGAAAGUAUGGUGCACGCCUUGUCCAGGCCAGACAUUCGACCCCUUGGCCUCGAUACAACUGAUCCCCCUCAAGCAGGCGCUGCCAUCGAACGCUUCGCGGCCUUUUUGCAAUCUCCUCAGGCUCCUGGUCCUCACAUCAAACCAAAUAGCUUGACUCUCAAAUCCGUAAUUCUUAUUCCCAGCCUACACUACCAAACAUCACCCAUCGCCACCAUCCCACCUUCGAGUUUCGCCGAUCUAUUCAACACACAUCUGCUUCAACCAAUUCUCACAAUCCAGGCAUUCCUUCCACUGUUGGCAUCGCGUCUGCAACCAAUAGGCGAGAAAUGGAUUCCUCCCAAGGUCCUCGUUUUCACGCCCUCGAUUAUCUCCUCAAUCAACCCACCAUUCCACGCCCCCGAAGCGACUGUGUGCUCUGCCCUUUCAGCUUUUACCGAAGUUUUGACAGCCGAGCUUCGACCUCUCAAUAUCCCAGUGACACACAUGCAGCUUGGCACUUUUGACUUUUCAAGCUUUGUGCCCUCGCGGGCAGCCAUCUCUCGCCAAGGGCUGGUCUCUGCCGGGAGCCCCCAAGAACCUCUGGUUUGGCCAGAUGGUGCACGACACGUCUACGGGCGCAAUUUCGUCGCUCAAACUAGCUCCGCCAUCUCUGGUGGACGAAUCCGCGGCUUGAAAGGCAGCUCCCUGCGUCGACUGCACAACGCCGUCUUUGAUGUCAUGGACGGCUCCAUCACGGGAGACACAGUUCGCAUCGGCCUCGGCUCCAGCGUAUAUGGUUUCGUUGGACGGUGGGCCCCCCGCAGUCUCGUCUCCUGGAUGAUGGGCAUUCGGAGAGUAGACGAGCUGUCGGCCUGGAAGACCAGUUCCUGCGACGGCUCAGAGCGCGAAGAAAGCGAGGACGGUGAGGCGGCGACGGCUUCCUCCAACGAUUUCAUUGCUGUUCCAUCCGAGCGUAAUGUAUGGAGUGCUGACGCGACUGAAAGCAGUCUCUGGGUGCCUCCAGUGUCCAAUUCUCCCCGAUCGUGA